AUGUUGAGAAAAGAAAAGGACGACGCAGCAAAGCUAAGCAAAGUGAAGGAUGAGGAAUUGAAAAAAUUGAGGGGAGAAGUGAAGAAUAUGACAAGAGCUAAUAAGAAGGAAGAUGAAGCAGCGGCAGUAGGCGAGAAAGGAAAGAUACUGGUUGAGAGUGAUGAAUGGCACAAGUUGAAGAAGGAUGAGGCGGAGAUGAGGCAAGUAAAAGAAAAUAUGGAUGAAGAAGCUAAGAAAUAUCAUUAUAUAAGAGUCAAACCUUAA